GAGGAGGAGGAGGAGGAGGAGGAGGAGGAGGAGGAGGUGACGACGGGGAGAAGGAGCGGAGUCGAGGGAAGGGCGGGAACGUUGGGAAGCAUCGACGCAGCAACGACGUCCCUGCAGCUCCGUUGCCGGUGCAGCGGGACCCCGCCCAGAAGGCGUCUUCUGGACGUCCCAUGACGUCCUCCUCGUCAUCAACGCAGUCCAGCACCGGAACUCUCCCCGCCUCCAGAAUCGGAUCUUUAGGCUCCAAACCGAGCAAGGCGGCGUUCGGGUUGAACAAACCCGAGGGCGGGGCCAGAGGUGGCCUGAGACAGCCUCAGGACCUCGCUGGUGGCAGCGGUUCUGGUCCUGGUUCUCGCUCCGGCUCCCCCCUCCAGAAGGAGCUGCCGGCCGGUCGCUGUCACUCGAGCGACAGCCUUGGCUCGGCUCCGCCCCCCCGACUCUCGGAGAGUGACCGCCUCAGGUCGCGCUCCCUGACGCAGGUCCGACAGCAGCAGUCCAACACCCUCACUCCUUCCUCCACCUCCUCCAACCCUCGCAAUCCCAGCCGCUCCUACUCCGUCAACAGGGCUGCAGGCCGAGGAGCUUCCUCGACCAAACCCUCCGUCACCGACCAGACCCCCGAGGGCGGAGCCAAAGGAGGUGGAGGGGUCAAAGUUCAAAGUCGGUCGGUGCUCAGCAUCCCAUCCCUCCUGCCCCCCUCAGCCUUAAGAAAGCCCCUCCUCUCCGUCUUCGGCCCCGCCUCCAAGUCCAGCGGCAUCAGCUACAGGCUGUCGCGGCCGUCGCUCAUUAAGCAGUCCCGCCCCCUCCGAGCGACAUCCAAUCAGCACGCAGAUGAACAGGAAACGAACCGCGGGCCAACAUGGGAGACGUCUUCAAGUCCGGAGAGUUCCCCGGAGGCUCCAGAGACAAAAGACCUGGUGUCCCAGGAGGAGGUGUUGGUCGGGGGGGAGACGCUGGAGGACAUGUCCCUGUCCUCCAGCUCGUCCGUGGACAGAAACGACACCAGCCAGGAGUACAUGGACGACUUUGACAACCUCGGGAACGGAGGGGCGGCCGUGCUGCUCCUGUCCUCCAACAACGACCAGGACGACUCGGGACUCGACCAAUCGUGCGCCAGGUUUGACAAAGUUGUGGCGGGGGGCGGCGGCGAGGCGGCGGGCCUCCGUUUCCUCGACGUCGGCGUGGACUGGACCGGGCUGAGCGGCGAACGAGCUCAGAACCGAGCCGGCGGCCGCAGAAGGUCCAUUCAGCCGGAGUACCACGAGCAGGGCGGCUCGUCUCUGGACCUGUCCCCUUCGGACAGUUGUGGGUCGGGGGGGACCUACAUGUGGGACGAGGAGGGUCUAGAGCCGCUGGGGGGGGGGGGCUCUGCCGCCACCACCGCCUCCAUCCACACCUCCAACGGCAACACCACCCACCACAUCGGGAGCUUCGACUCCGACCUCAACAGCAUUGACGUCCUGAACCACCUGGACUCAUGUGACCUGGAGGAUGAUGACCUCAUGCUGGAUGAAGACCUCCCAGAAGACGGCUCGCUGCACAGCGAUGGAGCGGCUGUAGCCCACAUGGCUCAGUGGAGGAUGAGGCAGCUCUGCUGGGGGACGCAGGACGUCCACAACGACAAUGAAAGUGACUUCCACUGCUACAAGCUUACUGAGGAUUCUGGGAAUAUGAAGACCGAUGCAACCGGAGAUGGCGACCUCGUCCUGGACCUCGGUCCCCAAAGGUCUCCUGGUUCUCCUGGUCUGGGUGUGGAUGUAGAGGAGCUGGCUGAGGACUGCUCUGCAGUCAGAUCCCAGCUGGGGUACCUGCAGAGGCUACUGCUUCAGGAGGAGGACGGGGACGAAGACACUCUGACCACGGACACGCUGAGCCCAGAGACCAGCGACGCCCUCACGCAGGAUCUCCUGCAGGAGGUGCAGCAGCUCAGAGAGGAGCUGAGGUGUCGAGACCGAACCAUCGCCCACCUCACCAUGCAGCUGGCUGUUCCCACGGCGACUACAAGGUGUCGUUGCCAGGAGACGGCGGGACGGAAGGACCGACACACACAGACGAGUGUGGAGGAGAGCGAGAGCGUGGAGACACAGACACCGUGGACGGGGACGACCUCACUUGUACUUCACCCCCCCAAGCGGGACGAGCAGGAACCAGUGACGCUCCGAGCUCCAGCUGCCCCCUGCGCCGCCUCGUCCCCCCCCCAGAUCCCCGCCCCCAAGGAGGGGAAGGGAGCAGGGAAGAGGGUCAACAUCCGAUCUCUGCGGCCCCCCCAGCCCUCCAAACUAAGCCUCUUCCCACCUGCGACCUCCAGACCGACCUCCGGGACGUCCCGUGACCCCUCGCGCCACCAGGUCAAGGUGGGAAUGGCGGCCGCCGCCCACUCAGGCUUGUCCCGCCUCCCCAAACCCAAGAGCCACUCGAUGAUAACCUCCGGUCUCCCCCAAGUAUGAGCUAUUUAAACUUAUUUAUUGUUAAUGUUUUGACACUGAGAACAAAGGUCCACACACUUUGAAUUUACCUUUUUGUGGGAGGUGUAAAACAGACGAGGACGGAGGCGUCGGGGAGGAAAUGACGACACUUGACAAUCAUUUUUUCUUCUAGUUUUAUCUUAUAAAAAACUUCAGAAACGUUGAGGAUUUAAUUUGUUUCAUAAAAGCUCCAAAAAUGACAUUAAAUCAGAAACCGGUGAAUCAUCUGUUUUUCAUUUCCUCCAUGAGGCCUCCACGGUACUAAUAAUAAUAAUAAUAAUAAUAAUAAUAAUAAUGAUCUCCGCUCCACUGCUGCAGGAAACGUUAAUGAAGAAUUUUGUUUUCAUUGAUUACAUUUAUUUGAAUAGAGAAGAAAAAUGAACUUAAAUAACCCUCAAUCUGGUAUUUUCCUUCCAAUUAGUACAAAAUAUUUCGGUUAAGUUUCAAAGAGAUUAAAGGAGCUGUAAAAUAAGGAGAAAAUAUUUUAGAUGUUCUUUGGUAUUUAUUUAUUUCCACCAACUUCGAUUGCAAGAAAAAGACUAAAAAACUUGUUUGUUCCUCAGAUGACGUCAGGCUAAAUGACUCCCUGACUGAAUGACUUCCUGUUUGUUUAACUUCCUGACUGAAUGACUUCCUGUUUGUUUAACUUCCUGACUGAAUGACUUCCUGUUUGUCUAACUCCCUGACUGAAUGACUUCCUGUUUGUCUAACUCCCUGACUGAAUGACUUCCUGUUUAACUCCCUGACUGAAUGACUUCCUGUUUGUCUUAACUUCCUGUCCAUCCGACUGAAUGACUUCAAAUGAGCUUAUUACCGUCAUGCUUCAACGUGCUUGCACAUGGAUCAAACAUGGUUCAGUAGUAGAGGAGAACGUAGCGUAGCUGGUACUUUUACCUUUUGUUAGUUUGUGUACUUCUACUCGUAGUGAAGUAUCUUCAGAGACCUUUUGCUGACUCUGUUACCCUCAAACCUCCGAGCAGGAAGAGUUUGUUUCAGUGUCUUAACUCUGUUCAUAUCGGUGAUCUUCUGUCAGGAGGCAAUAUGCAAUGAAAAUAUGCAACGCUGUACCACAGCUGGGCAGCCAGCCUCUGCAGACAAAAAUAACUCCUGCUGGAACUAGAAAAGUGGAAUUAUUAUUAUUAUUAUUAUUGUUUUUAUAUUUAAUGUGAGAACGACUGCUGGUUUUUAGUCUCUUUGAAACAGGAAGAAGAAACUGAAACGACUAAAAGGUUUUUUUUGCAUCCUGUAUCGGAUGAAAAUGUAUAAGACCCUGUUCUCAAAUCGCCUGUUGUUAUUGUUGUUUACUGCUCGGCCCUCCACUAUGCUUUAAAGUUUUAUAGACGUUUUCAUGUUACUGCAUUUGUCCGUUUCUUUAACUUUGAAAGGGUCUGGUGUGUGAAUCAUUAAGUUUACUAAAAUCCCUUUGUUUUAAUCACAGUCACCACAACACUUGUGAGUGUCAUUGAUGGAACCAUAAAUGAAAAUUAAAAAAACGGUGGUUAUGAAUUUUCAGAGCUGUAUAAAUCAAACUUUCUCAGUUAAAUUUUCACAGUAAGAUGCUUUGUUCCCAAUAAUAUUUCACUGUAUUUAAUCUCAGCUAAACUUGAAAUAAUCCAAAUGAUGUACUCGCGCAUCCAUUCGGUAUCUUCUACAGUAUAUCCACUCUGCUGUGUCCUCUUAUUGUGUUGUUCAUGAGAUUCUUUUAUUUUGAAAACUUGAAGGACAGGUAUUUUAUAUUGUCAUAAAUCUUGCAGUUUCCUGCUGUUUUUUUCUGUGCAAUAAUUCUGGAGAUCUGUGUUUUUAACUCUUAUUUAAGUGCUAAACUGUACAAAGUCUUACUCACUGUAAUUAAUAUUAAUGACUAUUAACUGACGUGUGACCUUGAAAAAGUUUCUCAGUCUGAAAAAUGCACUUUAAACAACAGUCAGGCGACAACGCGACGUCUCGUUCAACUCGCCCCGAAAGAAAGUUUGAUUUUCUGUGUUUUUGUGUUUAAUAUUCAUGAAGUAUGAUUUAUUUUGUCUUUCUUUGCUCAAGCUGCUGCAUUUAUGUCACAUCGGGUAAACAAAACCUCAUGCUUUACUCAGGAGGUUUGAGGAGUUCAGGUGAACUUCCUGUAAUGAAGUUUUAGUUCAAAUGAACUACAGGCGUCUCCCAUGUGACCCAAAUGCAGCUUUCUUCCACUGAUCACAUCCACCUGAGACCAUGACAUCACUUCCUGUUCUUGUGUCCGGGGGCAGGACGUGUAGCUCCGCUGUGAUUGGCCGACACGGCUCCCUGCUGCUCACUGGCUCGUAUUUAUUGCCCUCUUCUGUCAUUGGCUGAGACCCUCUGUGAUGCUGCUGAGAAGCAGAAUGCUUAAAAUAAAAGUUAUCUACUGACUAAAAGAUGUGAAAUCUGAUGUUUGAUUAUGGUGAAAAAAGGUUUUAAAACGUUUGGAACGUUCAUAAAUAAAGUUAAAAUGAACAAAAAGCUCUUAGAGAUGAAAUUAUCGUUUGUUUAGACAGGAUUAAAACAAACAAACACGUAGGAACAGGAAGUGACCAUCAAAGAGACAUGGUCGCCAGCCGGCAGCUUGGCCUCAGGGCUGCUUGCUGGAAGGACCACCUGACAGCAAGCAGCAUGGCAGAAAAAAUAACUUCAUAUGCAUUUAUUAUAAAAUAAAAAAAUGUUUUUCAAGGAUAGUAACAUUUCCAACUGUUCCUCUAAAACUUUACAGGUGGUCGGAUCCCUCUGUGGAGUAAAAGCACUACACGGAGAAAACUUUGACCAAAACUGCAAAUCAUCACAUGCUUUGCUUUCUGAAGUAAAAGUAUGUGAAUGUAGUUCAAGCGACUAGGACUAACUUUCAGUGUGUGUUGUAUGACAUGUACUCUGAGUAGUGAACGAGUGAUGUGGCACUUUUACUUCUUUCAUUUUGUAAACACACACCUGUCAGCUAAAAUAUCACCCUGUUGCCAAAGCAACUUCCAUUUUUUGAGGAUCAUCUGAAGUGUCUGUGUACAGCGGACAGACUGGAUUGGCUGGCUGUUCUCUGCUGUGAUUGGUUGUAAUUUGCUGGCUGUAAUCUGCUGUGAUUGGCUGUGAUUUGCUGGCUGUACUCUGCUGUGAUUGGCUGUGAUUUGCUGGCUGUGAUUGCAAAAUAAGAUUUUAAAUUUUAACUCAAAAUUAGGAUUUUAAAAUUAAGAUUUAAGAUUUCGUACUAAGAAAAUGACAGCAAUUCACUCACUCACACGCACAUGCAGACACACACACACUAUUUGCAUAUUUUUAAUAAACACACGGAUGGAAGCGUCGAUAAGAGCGUGGUUGUGUGCAAGCUGUGCAACAAGGAAUUCACAUCGAGCCUCAAGUAUCACCUCAACGCAACACAAUUAGCAGCUAGCGUGGACGUACAAGGACCCACACCCAACCCACACUGCACCAGAUGACUUAAAAAAACCUAGUUUACAGAAGGUCUACUUACCUAUAGGCUACCUGAAUUUCUGAAAGUACUAUAUUUCUCUGCUAU